AUGAAGCGACCAGCGAGGUUGAAUUCACUUCAGGAGCUCCAACUUCUUGAAAUCAUGUGCAGUUAUUUCCAGGAGCAAACCAAGGACUCUGUCCGGCAGAUUAUUUUCUCAUCCCUUUUCAGCCCCCAAGGGAACAAGGCUGAUGACAGCCGGAUGAGCUUGUUGGGAAAACUGGUGUCCAUGGCGGUGGCUGUUUGUCGGAUCCCAGUGUUGGAGUGUGCAGCCUCCUGGCUCCAGCGGACGCCGGUGGUCUACUGCGUGAGGUUAGCCAGGGCCCUGGUGGACGACUACUGCUGUCUGGUGCCCGGAUCCGUGCAGACGCUGAAGCAGAUUUUCAGUGCCAGCCCUCGCUUCUGCUGCCAGUUCAUCACGUCCGUCACUGCGCUCUAUGACCUGUCGUCAGAUGACCUCAUCCCACCGUUGGACUUGCUCGAGAUGAUUGUCAGCUGGAUUUUUGAGGACCCGAGGUUGAUUCUCAUCACUUUUUUAAAUACCCCGAUUGCCGCCAAUCUCCCAAUAGGAUUUUUAGAGCUCACGCCGCUCACUGGAUUGAUCCGCUGGUGUGUGAAGGCCCCUCUGGCUUAUAAACGGAAGAAGAAGCCCUCCUUGUCCAACGGGCACGUCGCCACCAAAGUUACAAAGGACUCGGGAGGGAUGGACAGAGACCCCCACCUCCUGUACUCGAAACUCCACCUCAACGUCCUCCAGGUCCUCAUGAUGCUGCAGGUGCACUUAACCGAGAAGAAUCUUUAUGGGCGCCUGGGGCUCGUCCUGUUUGACCACAUGGUCCCACUGGUGGAGGAGAUCAACAGGUUGGCGGAUGAACUGAACCCCCUAAACGCCUCCCAGGAGAUCGAGCUCUCUCUGGACCGGCUGGCGCAGGCCCUGCAGGUGGCCAUGGCCUCUGGAGCCCUGCUGUGCACGAGAGAUGACCUGAGAACCCUGUGCUCCAGGCUGCCCCAUAAUAACCUGCUCCAGCUGGUGAUCUCGGGCCCGGUGCAGCAGGCGCCCCACGCGGCGCUCCCCCCAGGCUUCUACCCUCACAUCCACACGCCCCCGCUGGGCUACGGGGCCGUGCCGGCCCACCCCGCCGCCCACCCCGCGCUGCCCACGCACCCGGGCCACACCUUCAUCUCGGGCAUGACGUUCCCGUUCAGGCCCAUCCGCUAG